AUAACAUUGAGCGCGUCGCAGAUCACAGUCUGACCACUAAGUAACACCGGCGCACGUAGUGUAGUGGCUACGUGUUGAUAGAUGAAGACGUGUGAGUGGUCUACGAGUGACAAGAGGAAUACUGCUCUUUCAGGAUAUUCAGGUAUCGACAGCCGUAGCUGUAUUUGAGGAUGGUGCCCCGCCCCGCGCCUCAGUUCCCGACACCCCCUCUCAUCCCUGAAUACUUCGCGGGGAGAGAGGUCCUCAUCACAGGAGCUACCGGGUUCAUGGGAAAGGUGUUAGUGGAACGCCUCCUGUGGACUUGUCCCGACAUCGGCCGACUGCAUUUGCUCAUGCGACAUAAGCGGGACGUCGCGCCUGACAAGAGGCUGGCACUGCUUAAACAAUCACAGGUGUUCGAUGUGGUACGCGAGCGAUGCCCGCAGCAGUUGGACAAGCUAUGUAUGGUGCCCGGUGACGUCACCAAGCGACGGUUCGGCUUCGACCAGUCUGCCUUGAACCAACUCAACCAGGUGUCGGUGGUGUUCCACUCGGCGGCGACGCUGAAGUUCGACGAGCCGCUGUCGGUGGCGGCCGAGCAGAAUGUGCGCCCCGUGCUGACACUCAUGGACAUCUGUGACCAACUGCCUAACAUGCAGGUACUGGUGCACGUGUCGACAGCGUACAGCAACGCAGAGCUGGCUGAAGUGGAGGAGCGUGUCUACCCGGCGCCCGUGACUCCCGAGCAUUUGCUGGCGCUGGUCGACGCUCUCCCGGCGAGCAUGCUGCAGGAGAUCACACCCAGAUUGAUCGCUCCGAAGCCCAAUACCUACACGUUUACCAAGGCAGUAGCUGAGAGCGCAGUCAGCGAGCGAGCCGUCACCGCCCGCUACGCGUGUGCCAUCUUCAGACCUACAAUAGUGGUAUCCUCCCUGCGCCACCCGUUCCCCGGCUGGAUAGAGAACCUGAACGGUCCCAGCGGCGUGGUGGCGGGCGCCGGCAAGGGGCUGCUGCGCGUCCUGCGCUGCGGCGCUCAGCGGCGCGCUGACAUGAUGCCCGUCGACAUCUGUAUCGAUACCUUGAUCGCCGUCGCCUGGGAGACUGGGAUCGAUAACCUGAGGGAAGCUCGCGUGUACCAGUGCGCGUCCAGCUCGCACGCCGCCACGUGGGGACAGUUCCGGGAGCGCAUGCUGCGGCUGGUCAGGGAGCAUCCCUUCGACAACGUGCUCUGGUACCCUUAUGGAGUCAUCUGCGAGAAUACUGUGGUCCAGAAAGUGCUGGAGGCGGUGCUGCAGACGGCGCCGCUGUGUGUCGCGCACUGCGUCGCCCGAGCGUGCGGACUCAAGCAGAAGCCGAGCCUGUGGACGGCAUGCAAGCGUCUGCAGGCGAUGAACCAGGCGCUGCAGUUCUUCGCGACGCGGCACUGGAGCUUCCGCACCACGCGGGUACAACAGCUCGCACACAGGCUGCACCCGGACGACCAGAAGCUCUACAACCUCAGGCCGGAGACUAUCGAUUGGGAGCAGCACUGCGUGGACUUCGUGAAGGGCGCGCGCCGGUACCUGCUCCGAGAGCGAGACGACGAUAUACACGCCGCGAAGAGGAGGAUGCGAAUAUUAUACCUGAUUCACAAGGCUACAUUGUUAUUGGCAAUUUUCACCAUGUGCCGUUUGACGAUUCGGACAGCGCCUGCCAUCUUGUGGGGAGUAGCAGCAAUAACUCGACAACGGAAUAAAUUCGCGCUACUAAGUUGA